AUGUCUCAACUUUGGUUAUCAAGUCGCCAUACUUAUCAGUAUCAGAAAGAAAAAGAAAAAGAAAAAGAAAAAGAAAGAGACAACUUCUCGCAGUCCAGUCUAGACAGAGAAGCUAAAGCUAGACAGGGGACAGCCUUCGUCCUUCUAUGUGACAUCCCUCAACCCCCCUCCCCUCUUUGCUCAUCUUUCUACGACCCAGAAAUCCCAUCUCGACCCUGGUCUCUUUACGUCCUGACUAGAUCUACCUCUAAGCCCACACCUCUCCCGGGUCCAUGCCUAGUGCCCGCCAGUGGGGAAGGCAUUGGAUCUCAGUCUACUACCCAGGCCAGUAUUAUGACGAGACCUGGUUUAACAUUCUGUUACAGUUCCAGGGCCUAG